AUGGCGAAAGCUUCCCAUACAUUGCAAAAGGGUGUUGUCGUCCAGCACACCGCCAAAGCCCAUAACCUGAAAGGUCAACUGCCUGAAGGGAGCAUGGAAUCUUUGGCAACAACAAUUCGUUUCGUCACGCUGAACUGCCGAACACUAUCGAGUGAACUCCAACAAGUCGCUCUAUCCAGACUUCUGCGAUAUCUCUGUGUGCCUUUUGCUGCAUUGCAGAAAACACGCAUGAGAGAUCGGUCCAUCAUCAGCAUCGAAAAUUACACCAUAUACUGCGGCGAUGCUGAUGAGAACAACGUAGGUGGCUGCGCGAUAUCUGUGAGGAACGAUUACAAAAACCUGAUGGAGGAAUUUGGCUCAACGUCGUCUAGAUGCGCCUUUUUACGACUGCGAGAUCGUGGAGGACGUAAACUCUGGAUCGGGGUCAUUGUCGGAAUCGACGCAAAUGCGAAGAUGGGACUCGAACAGCAAUCCGAUGUGCUAGGAAAAUGGUACUAUGCAGUGGAGCGCACGUCGGACAACAGUGACCGUCUGGUCGACUUAUGCGAUCAGACGGGCCUCAUCACCGCUUCCUCGUUUAAGAGAAAUUGUCGCCAUCAACUCACGUGGCAAGGGUCAACCCGGCCUGAAGAGCAGCGCAAACGGAAGAUGAGGACUCUUAAACUUCAGCUCGACUACGUUCUGGCGUGGAACAUUCCUCAGUCAGAUAUCCGAAACUCUAGAGCUGUUUGGGACGUCGCGUUCGACUCCGACCACCGUCCAGUUCUUCUCAGCUUCAAGAUACGGAAGAAGCUUAGCGAUGCGGAUUCCUUCACAAAGUGCAUCCAGGACGAUGCAAGGGAAACGCUCCCGGUUCUAUUGCCGCAGAAGAAGUUUGCCUUUGCAUCUGCGGAAACAAAAUCCACAUACAAUUCUGUAUGUGUCGCGCGCAGCGCUGGUGACUUCAACCAGGAAAAGCGUCUUAGAAGGAAGCUGCGUCGACAACUGCAACAAGACCGCGAUAACGAGUGGACGUCAAGAGCGAUGGAGUUUGAGAAGGCGUGGGAGGACAGGAACCCGCGGAAAGCCUGUGCUCUACUAAAACAGUAUAGCGGCAAAAUUAAAAGAUGUUUCCCUGUCUUGAACACUGCCAAUGGUGUAGUCGUCGGUAAAGCAACCCUUCCAAUUUGUAAGGAACACUUCAAGACCUUGCUGAACUGGCUAGCACCAUCAGCCCCUGAACUCGAACACGUUCAUAGACCGACGUACGCGGUUAACGAGGAGCCACCGACCGUGUCGGAGGUCCUGGUCUGUAUUCAAAAAAUGAAGAACGGAAAAUCUGGCGGAGACGACGGGAUUAGCGCAGAAAUGCUAAAAUAUCUUCCUCCGUCUGGGAUUCGUGAGAUGACACCCGUUCAAUAUGGAUAG